UAUGAAUUCAUAAAAAUCUAAUAAAACAGACAUACUUUCAAAAGUUGCUUAAUUAGUCAAGAAAUUAUAACAUAGAGAAUUACCACAUAAAAUGAUAGAAGCAACUGUUUUGUCUCGUAAAACAUCAGUUCCAAAAAAUACAAAAUUGCUUCUUUAAUAAGAACAUAUUGUGAAAUAAAUUACUAUUACUUAAAGAGCCAAAGGUAAAUAAUAGAAUUAAAAUUAAUGUUAAUCUCAUCAUGAAUUAUAUAAUGUAGAAUUAUUAAGAAGAAGUCCUGAAUAAAAGGAAUAGAAAUUAGAAGAUAAUAAUGAAUAAAAACUUGUAUAAUAAAGACUUCCUUAAAUCAAAUCUUAAAAAGGGUUUUCAAGAAGCACUAAAAAUAUUGCUCCAAUAUAAAAAAAUGUGAUUGUUAGUUAUUAAACAGCAACUAAUAAUAGUAUUACAUAAAUUAGUAAUAUAUAAAAUACAUCAAAUUAACAAUAAGAUACUAAACCAAUUAUCAAAGUCAAUAACUUUAAUAAUGUGUCUAAUUUAUUAUAAACAACUAAUGUAAUAACAAAAUAACCUAAUUCAUCUGAAACUGAUAAAAAAUCUUAAGCAAUCCUCUCAUCAUUAUAAAUAUUACAAUAAAAAUAAACAGCAAAAAGAUUACCAAUACCUGAUUCGAGUAAUUUAUCUCUAAGUGGAUGGACAGACCGAUCCCCUAUUAAUUGA